AUGAUCAAUACAAUGACAUUGUUUAACGGGACGACACAGAAUCAGCUCCUGAUGUCCAGUUUCGAGAAGCCGAUUAUCUUUACAAUGAUUGGCUCGACUAUUGCUAACACAAUGGACUCGCAAAUCAUUUCUCAAAACAUGUUGCCCUCAAAUGUGACUCCCAUUCAAACGGAACGAAUGAAUUCAUUGAAUUCAGAUACUGUUUGCUUCGGAAACGAGAAUUCGAGUUCAGAAUCGUUUCUAUCGAUGAUUACAGAAGACUCGCAAAUCAGUAGUCAUUUCAUGAAUUCAACAUCACUUUCAAACGCACCGCAAAUCACUCACACUUUCGAUCCGAUAAACUACGAGAUCAAUCGCGUUGGACCUAAUGUCCGAAACUGUAUCACUUCCGGGGGAAUCCGUAACGCAAUACUUACCGCUCAACACAUUCAACACGAUUGCAGCCAAUCUCUGCUCACAUCGACCGCCGACGCCACUCCUGUCACUCAAGCGACAAAUAUAUCUGCGCUCUCAGAGAUGUCGGACGCGGAACUGCUUUGCUUCAUAAAUCCGGCCACUUUUGACCAAAUCCGAUAA